AUGGAUUGCAGGUCUGAGAGUUGGGAUGCCUAUGAUCUAGCUGUAGUUUUUUUAUAUUUUAGAAAUGAUUCUAUAUACAACCAUGCAUGCAUUUCUGUAUUGGUCGGCUUAUCUGGAUGCUAUUUUUUCUAUUCUCUAUGCUUUUUGUCAAAGCAACAGGCUUCACAAGUCCUGGUUAGGAAGCAUCAUGCAAGUUCUUUACUUGAAGAAACCAAACAGGGUAAUCUUGAAAGAGAAUGCAUCGAAGAACUGUGCAAUAAAGAAGCAGCCAGGGAGGUCUUUGAAAAUGACCCUGAAAUGGAUUAUUUGUAUCCAAAAUACUUAGAUAAAUUAUGUUCGUUUUUAUUUUCGGUGUGUCUUCUCUCUUUUCAAACUGGGUUAUUCACUGCUGCACAUUAGUCAACUAAUGCUUAUCCUGACUUAAGAAGCUGUGUCAAUGCCAUUCUAGACCAAUGUAGUCCUCUGCCAUGCAAUGAAGAUGGAUAUAUGAGUUGCAAAGAUGGAAAAGCUUCUUUUACUUGCAUUUGUAAACCAGGUUGGCAAGGAGAAAAGUGUGAAUUUGACAUAAAUGAACGCAAAGAUCCCUCAAAUAUAAAUGGAGGUUGCAGUCAAAUUUGUGAUAAUACACAUGGAAGUUACCACUGUUCCUGUAAAAGUGGUUUUGUUAUGCUUUCAAAUAAGAAAGACUGUAAAGAUGUGGAUGAAUGCUCUUUGAAGCCAAGCAUUUGUGGCACAGCUGUGUGCAAGAACAUCCCAGGAGAUUUUGAAUGUGAAUGCCCUGAAGGCUACAGAUAUAAUCUCAAAUCAAAGUCUUGUGAAGAUAUAGAUGAACGCUCUGAGAACAUGUGUGCUCAGCUUUGUGUCAAUUACCCUGGAGGUUACACUUGCUACUGUGAUGGGAAGAAAGGAUUCAAACUUGCCCAAGAUCAGAAGAGUUGUGAGGUUGUUUCAGUGUGCCUUCCCUUGAACCUUGACACACAGUAUGAAUUAUUUUACUUGGCAGAGCAGUUUGCAGGGGUUGUUUUAUAUUUAAAAUUUCAUUUGCCAGAAAUCAGCAGAUUUUCAGCAGAAUUUCAUUUCUGGACAUAUGAUUCAGAAGGCAUGAUACUGUAAGCAGAAUCUGUCAAUCACUCAGCAUGGCUCCUGAUUGCACUUCGUGGUGGAAAGAUUGAAGUUCAGCUUGAGAAUGAACAUACAUCCAAAAUCACAACUGGAGGUGACGUUAUUAAUAAUGGUCUAUGGAAUGUUUUCAAGAUUAUUACAUUCUUGAAAAAUGUAAUGAAUGCUAAAAUAGUGCAGCAAAUAUUUUGUGUCUAUGUGUCUGUGGAAGAAUUAGAACAUAGUAUUAGCAUUAAAAUAGCUAAAGAAGCUGUGAUGGAUAUAAAUAAACCUGGACCCCUUUUUAAGCCUGAAAAUGGAUUGCUGGAAACCAAAGUGUACUUUGCAGGAUUCCCUCAGAAAGCAGAAGGUGAACUCAUUAAACCGAUUAACCCUUGUCUAGAUGGAUGUAUACGAGGCUGGAAUUUGAUGAAGCAAGGCGCUUCUGGAAUAAAGGAAAUUAUUCAAGAAAAACAAAAUAAGCACUGCCUGGUUACUGUGGAGAAGGGCUCCUACUAUCCUAGUUUUGGAAUUGCUCAAUUUCGCAUAGAUUACAAUAAUGUAUCCAGUGUUGAGGGUUGGCAUAUAAAUGUGACCUUGAAUAUUCAUCCAUCCAUGGGCACUGGUGUUAUGCUUGCCUUGGUUUCUGGUAACAACACAGUGCCCUUUGCUGUGUCCUUGGUGGACUCCACCUCUGAAAAAUCGCAGGAUAUUCUGUUAUCUGUUGAAAAUACUGUAAUAUAUCUGAUAUAGGCCCUAAGUCUAUGUUCUGAUCAACAAUCUCAUCUGGAAUUUAUAGUCAACAGAAACAAUCUGGAGUUGUUGACACCACUUAAAAUAGAAACCAUCUCCCAUGAAGACCUUCAAAGACAACUUGCCAUCUUGGACAAAGCAAUGAAAGCAAAAGUGGCCACAUACCUGGGUGGCCUUCCAGAUGUUCCAUUCAGUGCCACACCAGUAAAUGCCCUUUAUAAAGGCUGCAUGGAAGUGAAUAUUAAUGGUGUACAGUUGGAUCUGGACGAAGCCAUUUCUAAACAUAAUGAUAUUAUAGCUCACUCAUGUCCAUCAUUUUGGAAAAAGACAAAGAAUUCUUAAGGCAUCUUUUCUCUGCUGAUAAUACCUUUUCCUUGUCUGUAAUUAUACUUAUGUUUCAAUAACAGCUGAAGGGUUUUAUUUACAAUGUGCAGUCUUUGAUUAUUUUGUGGUCCUUU